AUGUUAUCAACAAUAGUAAGAAUAAGUACAAAUAAAUUUAUUCGAUCUUUUUCUUUUAAAUUUGGACAAUUAGAAAAUAAUUCCCGUGUCAUAAAACAAAAAACGCUUUUAAAUAAACAAUUAUUAUUCAGUCACAAUAAAUCAAGUUCAAAAUAUUUUUGUAAUUGGAAAGAAAAAGAUCUGAAUUACGAUGAAAAUUUGGGAAAAAUAAUACUUUUAGAUCCAAAUGAAUACUCUGGCAGUAAAAGACUUAUACAGGAUGCUUUGUCCAUUGAUCUUCAACCUAAAAUUAUUUUUUACAGUAGAUUAUCUGAUAUUGAAAAUUUAAAAUUAUCUGAAAAUGUGAGAAAGUGUCAAGUCGAUUAUAAACAAUUAAGAAUUUGGAGUGAUGUCGCAACUAGCCAAGGAGUUAUUGCUGUGUUUGAUUUGCCUGAUCAAAAAAAAAUUAUAAAUAAAUUUAAAACAGUGCCUCUUACUAUUAUUUGUGACAAUAUUAGAGAACCAGGAAAUUUAGGUUCUAUUUUAAGAGUAGCAGGUGCAGUCGGAUGCAAAAAAGUUAUCAUGACAACAGGAUGUGUCGAUUUGUGGAAUGCAAAAGUCAUCAGAUCUGCAGCUGGAAUUCAUUUUAGACUACCAAUAUCAUCAAAUGUUGAAUGGGAUGAUAUUGAUAAACAAAUACCUGAUGACUCUCAAAUUAUUUUAGCAGAUAACAGGACACUCUGUGAUGAUAACAGUACUGACAGUUCAAUUGUUGAAAAUCAAGAUGGCGAUGAGUAUGUUAGUGACGAAGAUAGUGAUGAAAAUGAUGACAGUUCUUCCGACGAUGAAAAUGAGAGUAGUGUGAAAAAAAAUAGUUUAUGUAGGUCAGAUAAUAUUGAUGACUAUAAUUUACCAUUACUUAAUUACAAUGAUGUUAAUUAUUCUAAUAACAGUAUAGUAAUUAUAAUCGGUGGUGAAAGUUAUGGGAUAAGUGAAGAUGCUUACAAGUUUGGGGAAAGGAGGAAGGGUUUAAGAGUUACCAUACCAUUGUUGAACAAUGUUGAUUCCUUAAAUUCUUCAGUUGCUCUGGUGGAGUGUGUAAAAAACAAUAAGUAA